CUCAGGGACAGGAGACCAGUACUUUCCUCUUCGACGCGGGGCAGCCUCCUGCAGGCAGCUGCUCGGACCGCGUAGGGCACACAGCCGCGGAGCGCAUGACCAGAGACUCCCGGGAGCCCUGACUCCUCAGGGAGCAGCAUCUGGCGGCGAUGAACGCUAGCGCCGCCGCGCUCAACGAGUCCCAGGUGGUGGCAGUAGCGGCCGAGGGAGCGGCAGCUGCGGCUACAGCAGCAGGGACACCGGACACCAGCGAAUGGGGACCUCCGGCAGCAUCCGCGGCGCUGGGAGGCGGCGGAGGACCUAACGGGUCACUGGAGCUGUCUUCGCAGCUGCCCGCAGGACCCUCAGGACUUCUGCUUUCGGCAGUGAAUCCCUGGGAUGUGCUGCUGUGCGUGUCGGGGACUGUGAUCGCAGGCGAAAAUGCGCUGGUGGUGGCGCUCAUCGCAUCCACUCCCGCGCUGCGCACGCCCAUGUUUGUGCUCGUGGGUAGUCUGGCCACUGCUGACCUGCUGGCGGGCUGUGGCCUCAUCCUACACUUCGUGUUCCAGUACGUGGUGCCCUCGGAGACUGUGAGCCUGCUCAUGGUGGGCUUCCUGGUGGCGUCCUUCGCCGCCUCAGUCAGCAGCCUGCUCGCUAUCACAGUGGACCGUUACCUGUCCCUUUACAACGCGCUCACCUACUACUCGCGCCGGACCCUGUUGGGCGUGCACCUCUUGCUAGCAGCCACCUGGACAGUGUCCCUCGGGUUGGGGUUGCUGCCCGUUCUAGGCUGGAACUGCUUGGCUGACCGCGCGUCCUGCAGCGUGGUGCGCCCCCUGACACGCAGCCAUGUGGCGUUGCUCUCCACUUCCUUCUUUGUGGUCUUUGGCAUCAUGCUACACUUGUACGUGCGCAUCUGCCAGGUGGUCUGGCGCCACGCCCACCAGAUCGCUUUGCAACAGCACUGCCUAGCACCACCACACUUAGCAGCCACCAGAAAGGGUGUGGGAACUUUGGCCGUGGUGCUAGGCACUUUUGGGGCCAGCUGGCUGCCCUUCGCCAUCUAUUGUGUGGUGGGUAGCCAAGAGGACCCGGCCAUCUACACCUAUGCCACCCUGCUGCCUGCCACCUAUAACUCCAUGAUCAAUCCCAUCAUCUAUGCCUUCCGCAACCAGGAGAUCCAGCGUGCCUUGUGGCUCCUGUUCUGUGGCUGUUUCCAAUCCAAAGUGCCCUUCCGCUCCAGGUCCCCCAGUGAGGUCUGAAGGGCUCCUCCGUGUCUCCUCACCCACAUCACAAAUCCAACAUGCCGGCCUUUGGUGAGCUUCUAGGUGCCUGCUGAUGAACUCUUGAGGACUCAGUGGUUCGGCGCGAGUCUGACUGCCCCGCAAAGGGACUGGAUGUGAACGCAACAAACUGACUCAGACAAAGAGGCUUGUUGGCAUUUUACAUAUACAGUGUAUACACGUGUACAUAUAUAUACAAAUAUUUGUAUCUUCUGGAGGUGUUCAGGGCCUGGAGCUUCCCGUUCUGUGAAAAAAACUAACAAAAUGUGGUUGUAUACUCAAUCGUACAUCACAUUUGUCAAGUGAAGACAUUCCAAUACUGCUUAAUAAUAGCACUUUAUUUUUAGCUGCUGAAAUGCCAAGACAGUGUUGCCAUCCCCAAGAGCAGGAGAAAGGGAGUCAGAGAUGUAUUUUUGUUGUAUGUGAUAGAAUAUUUUGCUGCACAUGCAUCAGUAAACUACAACAUAUUUUGUACACAAAUAAACACAUUAUAAAAGUAUGAUCUUGGGUAUGUGAUAAAUUGUGGCAUUGUUUGGAAUCUGAAUUGUGAGUGUGUUUAUUUUAAAAGUCUACUGCACAUCUAUCUAUCAUCUUGUCCCAGGGAGAGCCACAUGAAAUACCAGAUCUAAACCAUGGGAUGAGGCAGUAACAUUCAUGAGUCAUGGAGGAAGUAACAUUCACACGUGGCAUCCCCAGAACACGAGAAGGAAGGCUGUUACUGGUGCAAGUUAAUGUGCUCUCUUGGUGGCCGGGUUGGGAAGACAUGUUUCAGAGGUCAAAACAAUUCAAGUCACAUAGGCACAGGUGUAAACUCUGAAGCCACAACUUACCAGCAUAACUUUACAAACAUGCCAAGAUUUCUCAACAUGGCUUAUUCAGACUGUUGCUACCCAGGUCUGGUAGCCAGGUGCAGAGCCCAAUAAAACCAAUAAAAUUCUCCUAAAGCAGGAUUCCCAGAUCUUCAUGGGGUAACUG